AUGUCUGAUAAAAGUAGCCCCGUAAAGUAUUUUUUAAGUGGUGGUUUUGGAGGAGUAUGUACUGUUUUAGCCGGUCAUCCAAUGGAUACAAUUAAAGUGAGAUUACAAACGAUGCCUCUUCCUCAACCAGGGGAAACAGCCCUGUAUAAAGGUACAUGGGAUUGCUUUAAAAAGACCGUACAAAAUGAAGGUUUUCGAGGACUCUACAAGGGAAUGUCCGCGCCUUUAACAGGGGUAGCACCUAUCUUUGCUAUAAGUUUCUUUGGUUUUGGUCUAGGCAAAAAAUUGAUCAAAUCAGAUGAUAAUCAAGUUCUUACAAAGCCAGAACUAUUUGCCGCAGGUGCAUUUUCUGGAGUGUUCACCACUUCCAUUAUGGCACCAGGUGAAAGGAUUAAGUGCUUACUUCAAAUCCAACAGGGUGGUAAUAUGCCAAAAAAGUACAAUGGCAUGCUUGACUGUGCCAGGAAGUUAUAUGCAGAAGGUGGAAUUAGGAGUAUUUAUAAGGGCAGCAUUGCAACUAUAUUACGAGAUGUACCAGCCAGUGGUAUGUAUUUCAUGACCUAUGAAUGGAUUAAGGAAGUUCUUGUACCAGAAGAUGCCAGCAAUAAAUUGAAGAUGAUGGCAACUAUUGUUGCUGGUGGUUGUGCUGGAAUAGCUAACUGGCUGGUGGGCAUGCCAGCUGAUGUACUAAAGAGCAGGCUUCAGACUGCCCCGGAAGGAACAUAUCCAAAUGGUAUGAGAGAUGUGUUCAAACAGCUUAUGGAAAAAGAAGGUCCAACUGCUUUGUAUAAAGGAGUAACUCCUGUGAUGAUCAGAGCCUUUCCGGCCAAUGCUGCAUGUUUUGUUGGAUUUGAGUUUGCAAUAAAGUUCCUUGACUGGGUUGCACCAAAUCUCUGA